AUGGAGCCGCUUUUCAGGCCCCCACUUCACCAGCAACGACACCAGUUUGUGGUGGACUUUGUAAAAACUUUUAAAACUAAAAAGGUCAUGGACUUGGGCUGCAGUGAGUGCUCUCUCCUGAAGAAGCUCAAGUUUCACAAAGAAAUCGAACAUCUGGUUGGAGUUGAUAUCGAUGGAGCCAAAGUCAAGAAGCACAUGAGGUCUCUGGCCCCUCUCUCCACAGACUUCCUGCAGCCCGGCUUUGAGCAGCUGUGUGUGGAGCUGUACGAGGGAUCAGUGACACAGAGGGACCACCGACUGAGAGGCUUCGACCUGGCUGUGAGCAUCGAGCUCAUCGAGCACCUGGUCCUCUCUAACCUGGAGCUGUUCUCUGAGGUUCUGUUCGGAGACUGGUCCCCGCUUCACGUCAUCGUCAGCACCCCCAACUCCGACUACAACGCCCUACUGCCGGGCCUCAGGGGCUUCAGGCACCCGGACCACAAGUUUGAGUGGAGCAGGGAACAGUUCCAGUCCUGGGCUCAGUGUGUGUGUCUAAAGUUUGGAUACUCAGUGGACCUCACUGGAGUGGGGCGGGCGCCCGAAGGACAACAGCAGCAGUUUGGCUUCUGUUCUCAGAUUGCUGUUUUCCACCGACUCAAGAGCGUGUCCAACCUGGCGCUCGAAGAGAGGAACCAGAGACAGACUCCGUACAAACUGCUACACAGGAUAAAGUACCCGUCUCUGAUGGACAAUAAUGUGCUGCGGCGUGUCCUGGUGAGUGAGGUUCUGUUCUGGGCCGAGGAGCUGAGGAGGAGAAGGAGGAGGAAGACUCUGGGACCAGGAGGAGGCGCUGUGGAGGAGCAAGACCUGGACACAGACACAGGAGCGUGUGGAGAAGAGCAACCUCCAGAGGAAGACGGUGGAACUGCAGCUGAGGAGGGAGACACUUGUGAUUCUCAAAGGUGUGUGUCGGUGCCUCUGCUCUCGCUCUGGGCGGCUGCUCCUCGAGUCGCGGCUCUCAGUGGGAGUUUAUCGAACCUCAGAGUCUUUCUGAGCGAAGAGCCGACGGUUCACCUGAGUCCAGACGGAUCUGCUCUGCUGCUGCCAAUAGAUGAAGAGGAGGCGUCUGAAAGAGAUCUGGACGAGGAGGCGUCUGGAGGAGACUUUACAGAAGUGAGAGAAACUCCAGUUCUGAGUCACAAACCUGUGGAGAACUGGGAAGAAGACUGA